AUGUCUACUUCUCGGAAAGUGCAAGCGUCCAAAGGGAGUACCCCACUUGCAAUGGAUGGCCGACAAAGUGAUGAGGACGACACAAAAAAAAGACGUAAUGGACAAUGGAUGCUUCUCACGUCAAUCUUGCUCUAAUUCUUACUUCUGGACGAGUUAUUCAGCAGCAUGUGAGGGAGAAGCGUUUGUGGUGGGAUGGGACAAACUGAGAAGCCUAAGGAAUCACCCGAUGAGGAAGUCAGUAGGGCUCAAAGCUCAAGGGGAGGGACCGCGAAGACUUUAAAUAAGAAACGGCGAGACUGGUCAAGAAGAGUUCACGCCAAAGUCAAGAUGACCACAGCAGCUGCCAUGGAUAGAAUGGAGGCAGCUAACGAACAAGACCGAUGGCUGAAGAUCAAAGAUAGGAAGAAGAUGUUAUAUUGA